AGUAUACAGCUGCAGCCCGAUAACAGAAGCCCCUGCAUGACAAAGCUCCUGGCAUCACAGAAGUGACAUGAAUGACAAGUCACGAUGUUCCCACACUGAGAGAGGGGGAGUGUUACCAUGUCUUCAUCAGCUACAGCAGCACUGACUAUGAGAGGACCCACUCCCUCAUUGAUCAGCUGGAGGAAUGCGGCCUGCAGGUCUGCUACCAUGAGCGGGACUUCAUUCCAGGCCGCACCGUGUUGGAGAACAUGUCUGACUGCAUCCAGGAGAGCCAGAAGGUCCUGCUGGUUCUCAGUUCAGAGUUUGUGAGGAGCCGCUGGUGUCUCCUGGAGGCCAACAUGUCUCUGUUCAGGGACUGUCUGGAGAGGAAGCCCAUCGUCCCAGUGCUGCUGGAGCCAGGAGUCUCUAUUCCUCUCCACCUCUGCCACCUCACCUACCUGGAGGCCGACGACCCCGACUUUAAGAAUAAGCUGCUCAAGGUGCUCUGCACCCCCAACCAGCAGCUUCGAGGCUCCACUGUGGUCCCCUUCCAGCCUCCCUCUAUCUACAAUGGGAAGGCCCUGCAGCCUUUGACUGCUGUCAAUGAUGAGGAACUCUACAAAUGGGAUUGUGGCCGGUUCAGUGACAUGGAGGUGCCAGAUCAACUGCGCCUGGUCAUUGAGGACCACAACAAGUACAGAGAGGCUGUGAGGAUCAUCAACAGUGUCUCUGAAAACAAAGCUGACAACAACCUGCUCCUCAACACCAGCAAG